GCAUCACUGAUUCUACUUUUUAUUUAGGACUAAAGCUGCUUAAAUAAGUUGUCUUUAAUUGUUAUAAAAUGAGCUCUGAGGUUUUAGUAUCAAGGCCACACUAUGACAGCAGGGCUGUGGCUCAGGGGGUCCCGGAGAGAGAGUCCCCUCUGGAGCCGGAUGUCCCGCAGCUGUCCUCGGGCUCAGCCACAGCCGGGUACCGCUCAGCUAAAUACUCCCCGGCUGAGUGGUUCAACAACUACCACAGCAUCCUUCAACAGGCCGGUGCCGACCAGCACGAAGCCCGGAGCAUCCAGAGAGAGUCCAAAACUCUGUACCAGAACACCGAGGCCGCCACUUUGAAGACCCAGGCCCAGGGAACGCGUCUGCUGGGGGAGAGACUGCAAGAGAUCCACUACUGGAAGUCUGAGCUGCAGCGGCACAUCGACCAGCUGCAGGCCGACACGGAGGCACUGCUGGCGCUGAAGACGAGGCUGGAGAAGGCGCUGGACGCCACCGAGACUCCGUACGCCAUCGCCACCGAUAAUCUCAACUGCAGGACCAGAAGACUUGGACCAGAUCUGGUCCGAGACACCGUGGAGGAGGAGCUGUUAAAGGAGGUGGACUUGAUCAGGAGCAUCCAGGCUCUUCUUAAGAGAACUACAGUUCAGGUUGUCAGUCAGAUCAAGAUGAACAGAGAUGCCAAGCAGACGUUAGAGUUGGACUGGUCUGAUAAGUACCAGGCCUACAACCUUGAUGACCAGUGUGGAAGAUACACUAACAUGAGCCCAGAUACACGGCACCACCCCAGCUCAGCCACCAUGCAGGACCAGGUGAGUAACUGCGCAUCAUGGACAAAAUUCACACAGGACAACCUGUCCAAGGCCAUGCAGGAGGAGCAGGCCACCAAUAGUCUUAGACUGCUGGUGGAGCAAGUGCUGCAGGACACCACUGAAGACCUGAGAGUCCAGUGCUCCACUGUGGACCAAGCCUUUAGCCAGCGCUGCACGGAGCUGAUAGAGGCCAAGACCCAGCUAGAGAUAAGGCUCGCAGAGACCUUGGAGCAGAUUGGGGCCCAGGAGAGGAACAUUGUGGCCCUGCAGCAGGCCAUCCACAACAAAGAGGCUCCACUGAGAGUCACUCAGUCCAGACUUUACACCCGCUCCCUCAGACCCAACAUGGAUCUCUGCAGAGAUGAGCCCCAGCUCAGUUUGGAGGCAGAGGUGAGGCAGAUUGAUGCCACUCUGGCGUCUCUGCACCAGCAGCUGAGUGAGGCCAGAGGCUCCCUGUCCCACCUGGAAGAAUCACGCAUUACUCUGGAGAAGGACAUAAACUGUAAAACCCACUCACUGUUCAUUGACAGAGACAAGUGCAUGACUCACCGUAAACGAUACCCAGCUGUCUCCACACUGUCAGGAUACUGAGGCCGACGACUCUGAGUGUUUGAGUGGAAUUUCCUUUUUUUUCAUUUCUUUGUUUAGUCUCUUUGUCGUGCUGUGUUGUAAGAAGCAGUGAUGUAUCAUGUCAUCAAGAAAGCCUGAAAACUCAGCAGUUAAAAACAAAAUUAAUAGUAUUUCAAUUCACCAAAUAAUUAAGGUCCAGUGUGUAGGAUAUAGGGGCAUCUAUUGGCAGCAAUGCUA